GGUGUUCAAUUAGACGCUCCACUAACAACUGGCAUAAAAACGAAACUGUGCAACUUUAGUGAGACUUUUGUGAUGAAAUGCAACUAUGUCCGAUAAAGGAGAAGUUAAUUUAACCGGUGUGAAACAAAGCAAAGGCGUGUGGCUCGUAAAGGUGCCAAAGUACUUGUCUCAACAGUGGGAAAAAGCCUCAGAGAAGGGAGAGGUUGGAAGAAUUACCAUUGUAAAGAAGCAAGGGAAAUCUGAGGUUAGCUUCAAACUGAAUGCAGACUUAACAGGAUUGGAUGCUCAGGGAGAGAAGGAUGCCUCUCUUCAUGUUCCCAGAGAUCACCCGUUCACCAUGCACACCGUGGGCGGACAGACCCUAGCCGUCUUCAGCCACAGUGACAAAGAUGAGAUCAGCCUGGAGGGGAUGGUAGUGCAGCGCGCAGAGUGCAGACCAGUCGUCAAUGACAACUACAUGAAGCUCAAAAAGCUGCAGAUUAAAGAGUCCACCAAACCACAACGUCUGUCACAGCAGCUGGAGAGAGCUGUCACCACUGUCUUCAAACCUGUGGCCAACCAUAACUUCAAUAUGGAGUAUGAGAAGAAGAAGAAGUCUGAGGGUAAAAUGGUGCGUGCAGAGAGACAAGUGGUUUUAGACAUGCUCUUUUCUGCCUUUGAGAAACACCAGUACUACAACAUCAAGGACCUGGUGGAGAUAACUAAACAGCCCGUGACUUACCUGAAGGAAAUCAUGCGUGAGAUCGGGACAUACAACAGUAAAGGGGCUCAUAAGAGCACCUGGGAACUAAAGUCUGAGUACCGCCAUUACCAGUCUGCUGAUGAAGAAGAGAUGCAGACCUGAAGAACACUUAACUUGUACAGAAAAA